AAAGCAGUGACAUGGUCAAAGGAGACGAAGAAGACGCUACUCGAGUCGCACCGGUGUCCUCUCACAACAAACUAUUUAGUCAAUGAAGACCUUCAACUGAAGUCAUCGUCAAAGAAGACAAGACAUUAGGCAACAAUGAAACUCAACAUCGACGGUCUGCUGGUGUAUUUCCCAUAUGAUUACAUUUAUCCUGAACAAUACUCCUACAUGCUGGAACUGAAGAGGACGCUGGAUGCUAAGGGUCAUGGCGUCCUGGAGAUGCCGUCAGGAACAGGGAAGACCAUCUCUCUGUUGUCCCUCAUUGUUGCGUACCAGAGGGCGUUCCCUCUGGAAGUGACCAAGCUCAUCUACUGCUCCAGAACGGUUCCUGAGAUUGAGAAGGUGGUUGAGGAGCUCAGGAAGCUGAUGGAGUUUUGUUCCAAAGAAACGGGCGAGAGAAACAACUUCCUGGCUCUGGCGCUUUCCUCCCGGAAGAACCUCUGCAUCCACCCUGAGGUGAGCAGUCUGCGCUUCGGCAAGGAAGUGGACGGGAAGUGUCACAGUCUGACGGCGUCCUACAUCCGUGCUCAGCGUCACAGCGACCCCGACCUGCCCUCCUGCAGCUUCUAUGAGGAGUUUGACGCCGUCGGCCGGCAGGUGCCGCUACCCGCCGCCGUCUACAACCUGGACGACCUGAAGGACUUUGGACGCAGGAAAGGCUGGUGUCCUUAUUACCUGGCGCGCUACGCGAUCCUGCACGCCAACAUCGUGGUGUACAGCUACCACUACCUACUCGACCCCAAGAUAGCCGACCUGGUGUCCAAAGAACUGGCCAAGAACUCCGUGGUGGUCUUUGACGAGGCGCACAACAUCGACAACGUGUGCAUCGACUCCAUGAGCGUCAACAUCACCCGGCGGACGCUGGACCGUUGUCAGGGCAACGUGGAGACGCUGCAGAGCACCAUACAGAAGAUCAAAGAGACGGACGCUGCCAAACUGAAGGAGGAGUACCGGCGGCUGGUGGAGGGCCUGAAGGAGGCCAACGUUGCCCGGGAAACGGACGUGUAUCUCGCUAAUCCCGUGUUGCCAGAUGAGGUCCUGCAAGAGGCAGUUCCUGGCACCAUCCGCACUGCAGAGCACUUUGUGGGCUUCCUGAAGCGCUUCAUGGAAUAUCUCAAGUCUCGUCUGAGGGUGCAGCACGUCGUGCAGGAGAGCGCCCCGCAGUUCCUCAAAGACAUCUUUGAGAAAGUCUGCAUCGACCGCAAGCCUCUCAGGUUUUGUGCGGAGCGUCUGCAGUCGUUGCUACGGACCCUGGAGAUCGCAGACAUCGCAGACUUCUCAGCCGUCACGCUCAUCUCCAACUUCGCCACGCUGGUCAGCACGUACAGCCAAGGUUUCACCAUCAUCAUCGAGCCCUUUGAGGACCGGACGCCAACAAUCGCCAACCCCGUCUUGCACUUCAGCUGCAUGGACCCGUCCAUCGCCAUCAAGCCGGUCUUUCAGAGGUUCCAGUCGGUGGUCAUAACCUCGGGUACGUUGUCCCCGCUGGACAUCUACCCUCGCAUCCUGGACUUCCGGCCCGUCACGGUGGCGUCCUUCACCAUGACGCUGGCACGCACCUGUCUGUGCCCGCUGAUUGUUGGACGGGGGAACGACCAGGUGGCUCUCAGCUCCAAGUUUGAGACCAGAGAGGAUUUUGCUGUGAUUCGUAACUACGGCAACCUCUUACUGGAGAUGUCCGCUGUCGUUCCUGAUGGCAUCGUGGCCUUUUUCACCAGUUACGUCUACAUGGAGAACAUCGUGGCGUCCUGGUACGAGCAGGGCAUUCUGGAGAACAUCCAGAAGAACAAGCUGAUCUUCAUCGAGACGCAGGACGCCGCCGAGACCAGCAUGGCGCUGGAGAAGUACCAGGAGGCGUGCGAGAACGGCCGAGGAGCCAUCCUGCUCUCCGUCGCCAGAGGGAAAGUGUCAGAAGGCAUCGAUUUUGUGCAUCACUUUGGCCGCGCCGUCAUCAUGUUUGGCGUUCCCUACGUGUACACGCAGAGUCGCAUCCUGAAGGCCCGGCUGGAGUACCUGCGAGACCAGUUCCAGAUCCGAGAGAACGACUUCCUGACGUUUGACGCCAUGCGACACGCCGCUCAGUGUGUGGGCCGAGCCAUCAGAGGCAAGACUGACUAUGGACUCAUGAUUUUUGCUGACAAGCGCUACGCCAGAGCCGACAAGCGCGGGAAGCUCCCUCGCUGGAUCCAGGAGCACAUCAACGACGGCAGCCUCAACCUGACCGUGGACGAGACGGUGCAGCUGUCCAAGCACUUCCUGCGUCAGAUGGCUCAGCCCUUCAGACAGGAGGACCAACUGGGUCUGUCUCUGCUGACACUGGAGCAGCUGCAGUCCGAGGACAUGCUGAAGAAGAUCGCUCAGAUGGCACAUCAGAGCUGAAAGUGCCCCCCCACACAU